CAUCACCCACCCCAUACAUCCCCCGAACACCCAUUCCAUUCACGAAAAUCCUCAUUGUGCCAUAACCAUCGUUCCCCGUCCUCCCCGUCGUUCAAUGCCUUUCCCCUCUGUCAUUUAUUGGAGCUUGACGCUCCGUCGGUGGCGCGAACCCCGGUCAUGGACUUUUCUGUAUCUGAUGCGUGGUCUUCCGUCCUGUACUACUAUGUUUGAUGUUCUGCAAGCUGGCACUGUCCUGCAGUUAUAUGCCUUGGUUAUGAUCACCCAUGCAAGUAUUCCUCUUAGCUCUUCGUGUUUUGUUGUGUGCUUUCUCCUUUCGGUGUGCAGGUGUGCGGCCCCGUGGUAAUUCCGGGUGUGCGAUGGAACCACGGCCUGCGUAAAUCACGGGUCUAGUGCAUACGUCGUUUGCCAGGGGACGGAGACAACGGACGGUGCGUGUCAAUGCGGAUGCCCGACAAGGCUGCGGGAACGGCCGCCCGAG